CCGGCCGCCGCGGGAGCCGCGACCGUUCCCGGAAAGGGAGGGGGCGGCGGGGGGGCAGCACCGCACCUCGGCCCCCGGCCGUAUCCCCCGGUACCCCAGUUUUCUCAGCUCUUCCGUGCAAUUAUUCUGGGUCAUCUCCCCCUCCGACCCCCCCCCCGCCAUUGCCUUCUCCUGAGUCACCGGCCCCGGGAGUCUCUCCUCGCCCCGCUGGUGGGAUGGGCGGUGGAAUAAAGCAGGUGGCUCUGACCGGGGAGCGGGUCCGGGUGGGCUUCCCCGACCCGGCCGUCCUGCAUCAGCUCCGCGGGGUCUCCCGUCUCCGGGAGCAGGAGGACCACAGCUUGGAGCAGAAUUGGGCCCCGACGCCGGCAGAGGCAGGAGGGUUCCUGCCUCAUUGAAGGAACAGCGUGGGCCACCAGGACAAGCCGGGUGGGAAGGGCUACAGAAGGAGAUGCUGCAAGGAAAUUCAUUCCCCUGGGAUUAUCAGGGCCGGCUAGCUUCCUAACUGUCUCCAGAGGCCACAGGCCUAACUGCAAGAGUGACGGCACUGGGGGAGAAAAGAUGAGCCAGGACAGAACGAGGGCAUCACCAAUCCUGUCAUGGCAAACUGCUCCAAGUGGGGAGGAAAAGGAGGAAGAGCCUCAGGUGGUUACAGGGAGGGUGAGAAUACAGAGGAGCAGAAGGAAGGAGAGGGGUGGGAACUGAGCCACUAGCUCAGACUGAGGGGCCACUAAUCCAUCCACGGGAAGAUUAAGUUUACAUCGGCUCCACUCAAGGCGUGAAGCAGGCCUGUACCUUCCUGGAAUAUACGGCUUGGGUGUCCCCUGUAGAUGAAGAUGGGAGAGGGAGUCUGAGCUGGUAGGACCAGGGGUCACUGGCAAAGUGAACCUCAUGCCCUGAAUCUCCAAGGGAACCUUUGAAAAGGAUCUUCCCCUCCCUGCCGUCUCCGUUUGCCAGCUCUGCCCUGUGUUGUUCAGAAAAGCUUGAAAGAGCAGGCUAAGCCUUGGAGGACAGCAAGAAGGACAAUGUAGUGAGGAUGCUGUGAGGUCUUGGAUAGGGAACCCUCUGAAUCUUGUUCCUCACCCUUCACUCUCAGCUGAUGGCUCUCUGACAGCCUUGGCCACAAGUGUGGCAUUUGGUGAGAGCGGGAUUACACACGGUAUGUGUGCCACCCUCACCGUUUGAGCGGGACCUUUGUCCAACCUCCCGUCAUCUCUGGAACUCUUGGCUGGCUCCUCACUCAAUAGGACGCUGGGCAGCAGGUACCUGCUCCGACCAAACUCUUUGGAGUCCCCAGCAGUCCCUUUUUGUGUGUGGCCUUCACCAGCCCCAGCAGAAGGUGGCCCCUGAGACUGAUGGUGUCUGGUGGGCACAUGAAGUAAGGAGAGCUUUUUCUUUGGGGGGAGAGUGAAGGAGGGGGAUGAAAUAGAUGGGGAGGAAAAAAAAAAGUGAGCCCAAGCAAGUGAGGGAAGAAGCACUGGCAAGUGUUCGUGAGAAGGAGAGAGGGAGAAGGUGGGAGAAAGAAAAAGAAAGAGAACAAGGGAAAAAACAGGUAAAAAAGUUAGAACAAGGGAAAGAAAUAUAAUCAAGCAGAAGGGAAAGGGAGGAGUGAAAGUGAGACAGUUGACGGCUGUUCCACCUAGCACCCGGUGGCAAUGCCUUGAGGAACCCCUCCAGUGUGCAUACACCUCACGCUGCAGCAGCAGCAGCAGAUGAGGAGGGACGUGGCUCCCCUAGUGCGGAGUCCCACUCGGCCUCUUACAAAAUCCAAACAGCAGGGACAGAGUGCAGCCUAGCCGGGGUGGCAGCAUGGGGGACUCUGAAUCAGAGUCCACCUUGCACAACAACUCACUGUGGUGGCUGGCAUGUGGGAUGUUAGCCCUGUUGGCCAACUCUUGGAUUAUCCUCAGCAUCACAGCCAAACAACAGAAACACAAGCCCCUGGAGCUGCUGCUGUGCUUCCUUGCUGGGACCCACAUCCUUAUGGCAGCGGUACCCCUCACCACCUAUGCUGUGGUACAGCUGCGGCGCGAGUCCUCCGACUACGACUGGAACGAAAGCAUCUGCAAGGUCUUCGUCUCCACAUACUACACCCUGGCGCUGGCCACCUGCUUCACGGUGGCCUCCCUUUCCUACCACAGGAUGUGGAUGGUGAGGUGGCCAGUCAACUACCGGCUGAGCAAUGCCAAGAAGCAGGCUCUGCAUGCAGUCAUGGGUAUCUGGAUGGUAUCAUUCAUCCUCUCCACCCUGCCCUCCAUCGGCUGGCACAAUAACGGCGAGCGCUACUAUGCCCGUGGCUGCCAGUUCAUUGUCAGCAAGAUAGGGCUGGGCUUCGGUGUCUGCUUUAGCCUCCUGCUGCUCGGAGGAAUCGUCAUGGGCUUGGUGUGCGUGGGGAUCACUUUCUACCAGACCCUGUGGGCGCAUAGAAGACGCCAGCAGUGCCGCCAUCAGAGGGCAGAGGAAGCGUCAUCCUGCUCUUCAUCAGCACACACCACUUUCAACGUGCCGGCCAUUGUAGUGGAGGACGUACGAGGCAAAAGGAGGUCUUCACUGGAUGGCUCCGAGUCAGCCAAGACCUCCUUGCAGAUGACCAACCUCAUCAGUGCUAUUGUCUUCCUGUAUGACACACUCACUGGGGUGCCUAUCCUGGUUGUGAGUUUUUUUAGCCUGCGCUAUGAUACGGCCCCCACCUGGAUGGUCCUGGCUGUGCUCUGGUGCUCCAUGGUGCAGACCCUGCUGCUCCCCUCCUUCAUCUGGUCCUGUGAGCGCUACCGAGCAGAUCUCCGCACCGUGUGGGAGCAGUGCGUGGCUAUCAUGUCUGAGGAAGACGGAGAUGAUGAUGGUGCGUGUGAUGAUUAUGGCGAUGGCAGGAUCUGCAAAGUGAGAUUUGACGCGAACGGUGCUGCAGCUGUGAAGCGGGAUUCCCGGGACAUCAAGCUGCUACCCAUGCACCACAUGUUGUUGCCCCAGGACAAGGUGCACUACCUGCAGGUCCCUAUCUCCCGGAGAAUGUCACAUGAUGAGACUAACAUCUUCUCCGCCCACCGCUCUGCUCCAUCCUUCCUACACAAGUGGUCUUCAUCUGAUGACAUCCGCAUUUCCACCCCCCACAAGCCUGGUGGCCCCAGCUUCUUGCCUUCUCAGCUGCAUGACUACCAGCACCGCCGGCGGCCCCCAGAAGAUGAGCUGACAACCUUACGACAGUUUCUGGAGGGAGGGCUGAUGCCUCGGGGCUCCAGCUCCAGCGCCUGCUUCUUCCGAGAUGAGAUCACCACGUUCAUUGACGAGACGCCACAACCCACCCCAGCCUGCAGCCCACGGCACUCCCGUCUCCCGCUCGCAUCACGCCACGAUCGCCGCCUCUCCCUUGGCAGCAGAGAGGAGGAGAACACCGACCGGCCACGGCGCUGCUCUUUGGCUGGCAAUGAAGCCUGGCAUCUGCAGGAAGGAGAGCAGGCGUCGGGUGAAAGGACCCUUGAGGCCUGUGAGGCACAGACCUUCCAGGAUCCCAGACUAUGAGAGACAACAUCAGAAACAUUCAGUGCCAUCACGAUUUUUAAAUAAAACUUUGAGUGUUCUCUUUGUCCCAGGACCUGAUCACUAAUUUGCAUUCUCAUCUUUCUCGCCAGCAGGCAGGAAACACCGCACCCCACGCUGGUGGGGGGAAAAGAAGCGAGACAGACCCGCAGGAGGGAACAAAAUGGACUGACUGACAGCCUGUGCCUGCUCUCAGGUUACACACACACCCACCGCUGCCACCGCCACUUGGCACCCUCGCCAGUCCUGUCCCUUUGUGAACUCCACCCUCGCAUCCACUCUGCCCUCAGAGACAAGGCAGGUGCAGAAUGGUAUUAAAAUUCUAUAUUUGGAGUGUCAA